AAAAUUCCUUGCUCCCUUACAUUUUUAAAAUUUCAAAACUUCGAAACCAAGUUUUCUCUCCCUGUAAAUUCUCCAUCCAUUCCCUUCUCUUCUAGUCUUCUCUGGCUUUGAUUCGAGGUUUUGUUCAUCGGUAGAGAGGAUCUGAGUUGAUGGAGGAUGAGUGUACGACUCCAAAACACCGGAUUCCGGCGGCGUUGGUGUGCCCACCGCCACCAAAGAAGAAAUCAAUGGCCGCAAAGAAGCGGGAUCCACCGAAGAAUGGGUACUUUCAGGCUCCAGAUCUUGAAACUAUAUUCGCUAUGCACACAUCACGGGAAGCCUGGGCUUAGCUCUCUUUCACUAUCAUGCGCUCUGUUAGUGAUUUUUCUUUUCUUUUCUGCAUGAUUUUUAGAUUUGAAGGUAUAAGAGGAAAGGGUAUAUAAUUUGUUUGUAGCGUUUUGUUAGGGAAAACUUGAACAUUCAUCUGCUUCAAUUUGUAAUUGGGAGAUUUGUUUGUUUUGUAUCUUUGACAUGAAUUUAUUGGAAUCUGAAAAACCCGAAUUUGAAAUUGAUUUGUGUCCCGCGC